GAUAUGUCCGGUCACCCUAGUUGUCGUCGUUUUUCAGUAGAAGAAAUGCAUAGUGUUGAAGAAAUGGCUUCUUCUGGGAUACCGACACGACAAAUUCUCUCAUCACUAAGGCAAAAAAAUCCAGGCCUUCAAGCAAUCUCUAGAAAUGAGAGAGUAGAAGAUUAUGUUUGGGCUUUAACAAUGUUUAGAGAAGUGCUUGGGCCUAAUUGUCAACCGCUGGUUAUUAUUUCCGAUAGGGAAUUGGCUUUGAUGAAUGCUAUACGAGUUGUUUUUCCAAGUGCUACUAAUCUUUUGUGUGUGUGGCACAUUGAGAAAAAUAUCUUGUCAAAUUGCAAGCGUCACUUUGAGGCACAAGAGGAUUGGGAUGCUUUUAUGUCUUCUUGGAAUGGAGUAAUAAGAUCUUCAAGUGAGAUUGAUUUUGAGAAAAAUUGGAGGCUGUUUGAAGAGUUGUACAAGGAAAGGAGAGAAGUUUUAACUUACAUUGAAAAUACAUGGCUUCCAUUUAAGGAGCAAUUUGUUGAUGCUUGGGCAGAGAAGUUUCCACAUUUCAGACAUCGGGUCUCUUCAAGAGCAGAAGGAGCACAUGCUAAGCUGAAGGCAUAUUUGCAAGUUUCAACUGGUGAUUUUCGUCAAGUAAAAGAGAAGAUUUGUCUUGCAAUUGCAAAUGAAUUUCAAGAGAUUAAAGCCUUACUCUCUAGUGGAAGAAUUCGGAUGCCUCAUGAUUGUAACAAUGCGUUCUUCAAGGAAGUUGUCACGAAAGUUUCCAUGCAUGCCUUGAAAGAGUUAUACAAGCAAUAUGAAAUGGUUAAACAUGGGACAAUGGAUCCUUCAUGUACAGGUCACUUUUUGUCAAGUAUGGGCCUUCCAUGCGCACACAAGAUGAUGACUACUUGGAAAGAUGGGGUGCUUCCUAUUUCAUCCAUACAUUCACAAUGGAGGAUCGACUCACUGUCAUUAACUUGUUCAGAUGGGAUGAUGAAUGAGGAGGACAACUUUAAAGAGAUGCUUAGUGAAUUGCAAGAUAAAUUUAAAAAAUGGCCUCUCAUGCAUAAAGAAAAAGCCCGUGCUACAAUUUCUCAACUUGUUAGUGCAUCACUUCAUUCCUUGAGAGAACCAAGCAAUGGCUCAAAGCAAAAAAGGGGAUCAAGCUCAACACAAAGAGAUCCUUCAAGAUUUGAGAUUGUGGAAAAAAGAAGAAAAUGUAGUGGUUGUAAGAAUUCUGGGCAUGACAUUCGUACAUGUCCCAGCAAGAACAAAGUUAGUGAACAAAUCUCAUAUUCCAUAGCUAACUCACUUGAUGAAUGUGCGAUUGGAGGAAUUGACUCGAAUAUGGUACCUGAUUUGGAUUUUGUCUCUUCCUUUAAUUAGAUAAGGUAAGGCUUUCACUUCAAUAUUUUAAACUUAAUUAUAAAUUGUUGAUUUAAAU